AACAUUAGUGAGAAAAUGCCGUGUUACGCAUUUUUUUCAGGUUCGGCUCAAUGUAUAUUGAUUCUAAUUAGCACAUUUUGUGCCUCAGCUAGUAGCUCCCCUUUAAGCUCUGCUUGGAGAGUUUUUUUUAGCUUCCAUCCUGCUCAUAAACACUGCCACCUCGUCCCUCCUUCUCUCUUUACAAAUGUUACAACACAAUCAGAAAUUUCCUCUUUUCUUUCCUUCCUGCAUUUUCAGCAGGUUCCCUUGCGUCAGAAGCCGAGAAAGAAAACUCAAGGCUUUUUCACGAUGAGUCGGAGGAGGAUAUCCUGUAAGGACCUGGGACAUGCUGACUGCCAAGGAUGGCUCUAUAAGAAGAAGGAAAAAGGAACUUUCCUAAGCAACAAAUGGAAAAAGUUCUGGGUGGUGCUGAAGGGAUCGUCGCUGUACUGGUACAGCAGUCAGAUGGCAGAGAAAGCUGAUGGGUUUGUCAAUCUGCCUGAUUUCACUGUGGAGAGAGCAUCUGAAUGCAAGAAGAAGCAUGCUUUUAAGAUCAGUCAUCCACAGAUCAAGGCCUUUUAUUUUGCAGCUGAGAAUAUGCAGGAAAUGAAUGUGUGGUUAAACAAGCUUGGAUUAGCUGUAAUCCAUCAAGAAUCCACUACAAAGGAUGAAGAGUGCUACAGUGAGAGUGACCAGGAAGAUCCUGAAAUAGCUGUGGAGACACCACCCCCUCCCUACCCUACAGAGACUCUGUCCCCUGUGGUUGCACAGCAGGCAUCGUCAUCUUUACCCAAAGCGAGAGAAACAUCGUAUUCUUUCUCUUCCCUGGAAAAUACAAUAAAGAUACCCAGCGGUUUGUCUUCCUCAUCUAAAGACAGACAGUCCUGGAUUGACAUAGUUAGCGGUUCAUCUGCUGCAGCUGAAGACCAGGGACAGUCUAUAACAUUCGCCGUGCAGGUUCAUUCACCUGCAUCCUUGGAGGCAAACAGUUGCAAGGCCCUGGAAAACAGCGUGGCUGCCUCAGAAAGUGGAUUCUUGAACUCUUAUUCUAGCGACGACACUUGUUCAUCGAGUAGCAAGCUAGACCAUCUUACUGUCCCACACAAGUCUGCUGGGUCGAAGAUGAUGGACAGAGGAGAAACAAAAGUGUCCGAAGAUGAUGAAAUGGAGAAGCUCUACAAAUCAUUAGAGCAAGCUAGUCUCUCUCCUCUUGGGGACCGACGCCCUUCAACCAAAAAGGAGCUGAGAAAGUCCUUUGUUAAGCGGUGCAAAAAUCCAUCCAUCAAUGAGAAACUCCACAAAAUCCGCACCUUGAAUAGUACAUUAAAGUGCAAAGAACAUGACCUGGCCAUGAUUAACCAGCUACUGGAUGAUCCGAAGCUGACAGCCAGAAAAUACAGGGAAUGGAAAGUGAUGAACACCCUGCUGAUCCAGGAUAUCUACCAGCAGCAGCGGGCCCCUGCGUCUGCCCACGAGGGUACCCCCCAGGGGCGCGAGAAACCAUCUGCCUCUGCCUGCGUUGAAAAUUGUAUUUGAGAACAAGCGAGGAUUCUUAUCUUACACCUUUCCCCAGGCAACUCUUCAAGAUGUUGCAAGAGCUUUCCUUGAAAGGAAAACUGAAACCAGCUCGUCAAAGAGCAGCGCCCUCUUAGAAGAUGCAACUUAGGUGAGGACCAGCUUCGACAGCAGCAGGACCCCGGCUUCCAGCCGUAGAGCUUCCUUCAAGACUGGGCUGACUGAGUCCGGUUGAAGAAACAUUGUGUUCCUAUAGAGCUCCCGGCUGUGCUAGACUUCUGGUGGCGCGUGAGAAAUGUAUCUUUUGUUCCUUGCUCUCGAGAGCAUUACAACAUUCCAUGGACAAAAGAUACAUUUUACCAGGGAUAGUCAAAGAAGUGUUCUAUUUUCCAAAAGAUGAAUGGACUUAUUCCAUCAGGUUGGGUAGUUGAGGUCUACAAAUGAGUUUUUGAGUGGAGGGAUCUUUUCUAUACCAGCAACUGGAGCAGGACAGAUUGGGUAUUGUGGAACCAAAUUCCAUUGCCUUUGGUCCAGAAUGGGUUGAGAAACACUUGAUGAUGAGUGGGGUGUGGGAGAGCCCAAGGAGGAGGAGGCGGUUUAUGUUCCUCUCUCUCAAAGGACUGCUUGAUAUUUUCCCUCUUUACCCAGGUGGUGGGGAUCUGAUUACCUUUUCCUUUCCAUAGCAUAGCACCUCUAAAGAAAUCUAUCUCAUUACACUUGGAGACCUCUCCUUCUUCCCAGCUUUUCUAAACCACUGUAGGAGAUAGUAAUAAGCCCAGCAAAGAGUAUUUGCUGUUUCCGUCCUUGGGUGUGGUGCCUAUGCACACAUAGAUUUAUAUCCAGUUUUCCCAGGAUGAAUAUUGACAACAUGAUUCUGGUGUCUCAGUUGUCUUAAUGUCUUUAUUCCAAACAAAACAAACAACACAAACAAGAGUUAAAACAUGAUGGUUUUAUUUUUGUAUGUUUAUGUGUCACUUUGUGUCCUAUGUGAAUAGCUAUCUAUAAUAUAUUAUUUAAGUAUAUUUAUAGAAGGUCAAAUUACUAGAGUUUUAAAAGAUGAUAUACUAUUAUUUGUUUUGCUCAAUAUAUAUCUCAGAGUAUAUCCUUUGUGCUUGAGAAAAAUAGGCAUACUACUAAUCUAUUGGAGUUGUUUUGUUGCGCUAUCAGUUUGUAUGAGAAAUGCUCAGGAUACCUUGUGGGAUAAGUGUGGGGGCAUGCAUUAAUCAACUUCCAUUUUCUGGCCACUCUCUCUGUCUGUCUGUCUCUCUCUCUCUCUGUCUCUCUGUCUCUCUCUCUCUGUCUCUCCUUUUCAACCCAGAGUGCUCAGAGUUCUCUAUCUGUUGUACAUCAUUCUUUUAACCAGAAAAGGGCUUUCCUCUUCUGGAUAACCCCAGAAAAGGGUUAUCCCUUCCAGUAAAUAAACUUGAAGCUUCAUGCCAUUUAUGCCCACAAAUCUUAAACCAAAUGAAACACAACUAAUGCAGUCUUUUAUCUAAAGAAUGACAGCAGUUUGGGGGUCUGUUGUUAAAGAGAACUCACUUUAUUAGAGAAGCAAUAUGAAAGUCUUCACUUACAAAUGAUGAUGAGUAUUUCUCACCACAUGAAUAACCCACAACCCACCAAAAACCCAUUUUGGCCUUACCUUAGCAAAUUAUCAACAUAACAUGGCUUUAUAGUGUCAAAGUGUGGCUUGACAUUUGAAUGGAAAUAACGCCCUGAAUUUUAUCUGCAAACUAAAUGGAAAUAGUUGUUGAAUAUUUCCCCAGCCUUUACUAAGAAAUUUUAAUAUUUUGUAAAGAAAAGAUAACCCUAGCAUGACGAAAAACAAAAAACCAGGGAGCAAGCUGUAGUACUUGAAGUUUCUGUAAGAUCAGAGAUCAUGUUAAUCAAGUUACCUAGUGGAAAAUGCUGGGCAUAGGCCAUAGACAUGCAGCACAGUGCGGACUGCACAGAAAUAACCAUUCAGGUCUUCAGAUUGGACCUGCAACUUCUGGUCUGAGAGGCGUGGCUUUAAUUUCUUUACUCGGGAAAUUAUCAUGGAUUCUUUGUGUAACCAGCAGCUAUCAGAAGGUCAGUUUAGGCUUCUCAAUGUAAACAAAGUUUUGAGAGGAAAGAAAAAUGGAGGAAAUAAUAAUUUGGCCACAUAUUCUCCCAUCUUUUUUAUUUUUUGGUUUGUAACACCAGCCUAUAAAUUUCAAGAUAGUCUUUCCUAAAUUGAAAUACUUCGAAAGCUUUUGAUGAAGGCUUGCAAACAGACUUCAGUGCUUUGCUGUGUAUUUCUGUGAAUAUGUUUAACUGACCAUUUAGUGUAAAUUUCUUGAGUACUACUCACAAUUGGGCAAAAGAGUCCAUGAGAUUCUGUGAUCAAACCCUUUGGUUAUUUUCCAAAGUCAAGCUGGUUUGGAAGCUCUUCCUUUGGGAGUUAAAGCAGGUACUGUGCGGAACCUCCCAAAUGAAAUCACAUUGCCGACUCUGCGCCCUGCUCUUCCAGACUGAGCUCACCUGCUCCUGAGUAUUGCUCUGCAAAAGCUCUUGUUCUGUAUUAUGUUGUGCUGGGAAGUAGGGGCUGCCUCUGGGAGUCCCCCAGCUUCAGCUGUGGUCACUGCGAAGAGGCUGAGGGACAGUGGGAAGCGAGGAAAAGCGGGUGACGCUGUCCGUGGCACUCAACCUGGGAACCACCUUGCCAUUUUCCUGAUCCAACGGAUACUGGGAAAACUGGAUCACUUCGUUCAUUCCUGGGGAUGGGGUCAUUUCUGAAGUGGAUCUUGGUUAGCUUCAUGGGGCCCUAGGGGAGACUCUACCCAGUCCUGUAGGCAUAGGGUCUGAGGGCUGUGGACUGACCCAGGUCCAAACCUUUGGGGGAUCUGGACUGGCCUCCUCUUUUGGGGUUGUGGGGAGGAUGGCUUCUCUCUACUGUUAGCCUGCAGACCCACACAGUGCCUGAUAUGGUGCCCUCCCUGGUUGGUACAUCGCCGCACACGCUGAAUUGAUGGUCUUGAGCUUGAAGGGCAUUUGCUGCCUUUAAUAAUUCUUAGUUCUGCUGCAAUCUCAGCCUAGCAUCAAAGGCCUAGGAAGACUCUUCAGGCGCACUAGCACAAAGACUCCAGGAAGCCUAAGAAAGAUUG